AAGCUCAGUCGUAAUAAAAGUGUAGUCAAUUAGGCAAGCUAUCUGGCAAGUGAGCAAUUGAGCAGCAAGCAAGCAGCAAUUCUGGGAAAUCUUUGCUGUUGUACAUUUCUCUCUGUCCUCCAUGGAUGACUUUGACGAUCUCUGUUGUUCCGUCUGUUUGGAUAUUUUCGAGAAACCAUUACGUGUGCCCUGUAAACAUGUGUUCUGCAUGGAUUGCAUCUCGUUGUCGAUGGCUCUAGCAGAACCAAAAUGUCCUGUCUGUCGGACAGUGUUUAAUCCUCGUUCUGUGCACACUGCAACAGACAUUCAGGCCAGAAUAUCAAAUACUGAAGGAACAUGUCAAUGGUGUGUGAAAAAGAUGAGUCUCUCCAAGUUGAAGCAACACUCAAUGCAAUGCAGCAAGAUGGACAAAAAAAUGCCCCAGUUUAAACCUGUAGCUCCUACCUCACAACCCUGUCCUAGUAAUGUCCCCAACAGAUCAACGUUCCAAUGUCCUUACUGUGGUGUCCGUAAUCUCGACUGCCCAUCUUUUGUCCAACACUGUCUCACGCAUCAUUCAACCAGCAAUGCCAAAGUUGUGUGCCCUAUAUGUACCUCUAUGCCAUGGGGUGAUCCCCAUAGACUCAGUGCUAACUUCAUUCGUCACUUGAGCUUGAGGCAUCGCUUUGAAUACGAUACAUUUGUUGAUUUCUCUAAACAUGAGCAAGAGAUGAUUGAAGAAGCUAUAAAAGCGUCUCUCCAAGAACAGUGAUUACUGACAACCCAACCAUUGUGAUGGCACUGGUGGUGAUGGUUCCGGUCGUCGUAGCGGCUUCCUAUUUUUUUUUUCAUCUUAUUUAAUGCAGCCCUACACUCCCUGUUCCUCCCCCCCUCUUUCUCUCUCUCUCUCACUCACUCUCUCUCCCACCCCAUCUCUCUCUCUCUGUCUCCUCUUCCUGCUACUUGCUGCUGCUACUUCCUGCAACAUUUACUUGGAUUCCUCGUAAAACUGUGAUUUGAUGAUUAAAAGAAAAAAAAGAAAGAGAAAAAAAAAAGACUCCAAUGCGACUGUUGGAGCCUUUCUGGUUGUGGUUGGUAGACAGCAUGAAAGAGCUUGGCUGAUUCUUGGGUUUGUGAGAAACAGCGCCAUGUCAGCCUGUAGGAUUCAUUGACCAAUAUUGAAGAGAGAAAGCGUGUCCCUUGUCGAAAAUGGUAGCUGGCUUAACAUAACGGAAUUGUGUCCAUAGCCUGGAAGAAUUACUCGGCUUGGCAUGGCAAUUUGUGUGCUACUAAGCAAAUAGUGGGCUUGGCUUUUAAUUUAGUUCUUCAGAAACCAACUGAAGAUGGUAAACAGUUCUUCUACAGCAUGUUCCUCCCUCCUCCACCUCAUCUUUGUAUUGGAUGUGUGUGUGUGAUGGCACUGUCGCUAUAUGAUUCAGAUAUAUUUCCUUCUGUUUCUGUUUUAAAGCACACCACACACACACACACACACACACACACACAAGCACUCAGUCAUACAGGCACAUCUACAUACAUGCACAUACAGAUACAUAUCUUUAUAUGCAGAUAUGUUCACACACACACACACACAAACACAUGUAUAGUCUUUAAUAAAUCGUUUGGUAUCCACCUGGUACUUUUCUGGAAAAGCCCAAUCACUCACUCGGUGUCUGUUCGGUAUUUGAUUAAUGAUUGAGAUGGAGGGAUUGAAGCUAGAUGAGUCAAAACGAUUGCAGUGAUUGAUAAAGUUUCUUGUAUUUUCCAUCUUCUGUCUCACUCAUUAACCAAAUAUAUGUGUGUGUGUGUGUGUGUGUGUGUG